UGGUGGUCGUCAAGGGAAGUGACGUCAUGAAUCAGUGAGGCCAUCAUGGCUGCGCCCUGUGUUGUCCUCUGAGUGCUUCUCCUCCCUUCUUCACCAUCCUCGCUCGUUCUCACCACUAUGAGGAAGGGUCGAAUUGAGCUGGGGGAUGUGACCCCACACAACAUUAAACAGUUGAAACUUUUGAACCAGGUAGUGUUUCCAGUGAGUUACAAUGACAAGUUCUAUAAGGAUGUACUUGAGGCUGGAGAACUAGCUAAAUUAGCAUACUAUAAUGACAUGGUUGUAGGUGGUGUAUGCUGUCGAGUUGAUGUCCUGGAUGGCCAGCGGAGACUUUACAUCAUGACCCUAGGCUGUCUUGCUCCAUAUCGACGUUUAGGCAUUGGUACAAAGAUGCUUGAACAUGUUCUAAACUUUGUGGAGAGAGAAGGAAAUUUCAACUCCAUUUUUUUACAUGUACAAGUUAACAAUGACGGUGCACUGGAUUUCUACAAGAAGUUUGGAUUCGAAGUAGUGGAAACAAAGCAACAUUAUUACAAGAGAAUCGAACCUGCCGAUGCUCACGUUCUCCAAAAAACCCUCGUCAAAUCCUGAACACUGGUUGCACACUAACAACUCUGGGACCUGACAGCUACCUGUGAGUGUAAGAAGAAUGGCAAUUGCUUGAUAGCGGUUGCAAAUUCCUGACCAGGUAAAAGUGGCGGAAAUAGUGAUGUAUUGUCUUACAGUGGAGCAUCGAGUUUGGAGACGUGCGAAAACUUUAUUCUGGGCAAUAAUCUGAUGCUUGAGGGGGGACGGGGAAAUAAUCAUAUAUGGUUGUAACCUUUGUAAAUAUGCAUAAGAAUGUAAAUGGAGCGGUAUAUGGCAAUAUAUAUGUAAUGUUUGUGUGAGUAUGUAUGUGUGUGUAUAUGUAUGUAUGAAUGUGUGUUGUGUAUUUACCAUACAGUAUAUAUAUGUACGCACACAAAUUGACAUUGCAUAUUUUCAUUCACAUACACUAGAGACAUGAAUGUGCAUGCAUAAGCAUGUGUACACACACCACACAUUGAUGCAAAUAAUUAUAAUGAACAAUUCUUAAAUAUACAUAGGUCACACAUUCAUCCACACAAUGCAUGUAAGUUGCACACAUGGAAAGAAUGCAUGCUUAUAUGCACGUAAAACACACAUUGUGCAGACCUGCAAUUAAAGCACACGUGCACAUACUGUGCACACGUACAUGUUUACAAAGGCACACACACACACACUUGCAUGUUAUGCACACAUUGCAAAUAUGCACAUGCAUACAUUAUUUAAGUACAUGGAUACAUUAUGCACAUGCAUGCACAUGAAUACACAUGCACACUGCACAUGAAUACACAUGCACACUGCACAUGAAUACACACUAUGCACAUGAAUACACACUGUGCACAUGAAUACACACUGUGCAUGAAUUUACAAUACACACACACUAUCCAGACACUUCUACAUUAUAUAUUAUGUAUGCUUUCAUAUACUGUAUAUAAUAUAAUUUGUGCUUACAUCAACACAGGCAAUUUUUCUCACACAGGCACACAUACAUACAUAGGUAUGUGCGCACUUCGAUGUUUGUACAAAGUCUCGGUUUACAUCAGUGCUGUGCUUGGUACUGGGUCACCUUGGUUAUAUAUAUAUAUAUAUAUAUAUAUAUACUGUAUACACAUUAUAUGUAAAGUGGCAUGCAAGGUGAACUGUCCUGCCUUUGUAUUCAUAUAAAACUAAGUUCUAAAAAUGAAUUUGAGGGCUUUCAAAAAUAAGUUAGAUUAGAUUUUUUUUUUUUUUUUUUAAAUGUUUGUUUAAUUUUCCAUAAUUAAAACUUCAUUACAUUGCUGUAUUAAAACUAAUGUAUUCCAUUGAAGCUCUGCAUAGGUUCUGCAUAACUACGUAGUUGUCAAACACCAGUUUUAUUCGCUAGUCCAGGCAUUGGUUAUAAGAAUUUUUUUUUCCUUCUAGAGUGACUUGUGUUAGUCUUCAUUGAGCCCGGGGUGCUCUAGACACAUGACCUUAUUUUUACUAAUGUUAAGUCUCCUUUUCUUCAAAACUAAAAUAGUUUGUCUUACAUUGCUAACUUGUUUUAUAAGAUUUAAAUAUAUGAAAUAAAUGAAUAUGACUA